AGGCAUAUUAAAGCAAUGCGCAUUCCUGAGCAAAAGACAGUUUUGUUGAGCAUCUUGCACUAGCACUCUUUCUUCUUCAAAAAAGAAAAGCAAAGCUCCCUUGCUGUUUCUAUAUCUCUUUUGCUUCAAUAACUCAAUCCAUACUCCUCCAUGGCUGCUUCUUAUUCUUCCUCUUGUCCAAUGAAGCAUCAAGUUUUCUUGAGCUUCAGAGGUGAAGACACACGCCUUAACUUCACUGCUCAUCUACUCCAAGCUUUGGAAGACAAGGGAAUAUCAGUCUUCUUCGAUGAAAAGAAAUUGGAAAGAGGGGAACAACUUUCACAAGCACUUUCAAAUGCAAUUGCAGCCUCAAACAUCUCACUAAUCGUUUUAUCUGAAGACUAUGCUUCUUCGAAAUCAUGCUUGGCUGAACUCUGUGACAUCAUGGAUCGCAAGCACAAUCAAAAACAUAUUGUUCUUCCUGUCUUUUACCAUGUUAAUCCUUCCCAUGUGCGACAUCUUGGUGGUACUUUCAAAACAUCGUUUGAAAAGCAUGAAUCAGAAGCGCUAAAACAAGUAGAUCAAUGGAAAAAGGCCUUUGCUGAAGUCGGUAAAUUAAAAGGGUGGCAUAUAGCAUCCCACAGGUUUAUACAUAUACAUUUUUAUUAUUUGCUAGACCUGAAACCGAGUACAUCAAGGAGAUUGUUGAUGAUGUUACCAAAAAAAUUGAGGAAUAGCUUGCCUAGUCCAAGCGCUUGUGACCUAUUGGUUGGAACAAAUUAUCAGAAAAACUUGAUUUUGGGUCUAAUUGAGAAAGAAGAGAGUCGUGUAAUAGGACUAUGGGGACCGGGAGGCAUAGGCAAAACUACCCUUGCUGAUGCCGUAUUUCAUGAAAACUCUUCCAAGUUUGACGAUCGUUACUUUCUUCAAAAUGUUAGACAGAACAUAGAAAAACAAGGGAGGGAAUCCAUACGAAAUGAACUUCUUUCCAAAUUAUUAAACGAAAACGAUCUUCGUAUAGACACCCUUUCCAUAGGAUCCCCUUAUCGAGAGAGGCUGAACAGUAAAAAAGUGUUUGUUGUCCUCGAUGAUGUUAGUCAUCCAGACCAAAUAGAUUUUAUGGGUGUUGGUCAUUUUGGUCGUGGAAGUAAAAUCAUUCUAACAUCUAGAGAUAGAAGAGUACUUUACAAUGGCGGAGCUGAGGAAAUACAUGAGGUAAACAAGUUAGAUAAGGACCACUCUCUCCAUCUUUUCUCUACAUUUGCAUUUAAACAGUUGAAUCCCGAUCCUGGUUUUGAAGCGCUAUCAAACAAGUUUGUGGAAUAUGCCGAUGGCAGCCCUCUUGCCCUUAAAGUUUUGGGUUCGCAGCUAUAUAAAAAGUCUAAACAAGAUUGGGAAAGCGAGGUGCGUAGGCUAAGGGAAUAUGGCCAACCAGAAAUUUUACAGAUUUUGAAGAGUAGUUUUUUGUGUGGAAUAAACAAUUUGCUCGAUAAGUGCCUACUUGAUAUUACACUCUCUAAAACAAUUUAUAUGCAUGAUAUGCUUGAAGAAAUGGGCAAGGACAUUGUUCGUCAAGAAUCUAAAGACCCUGGAAAUCGCAGCAGGUUAUGGAAUAUCAAAGACAUCGAUCAAGUGCUUAAAUAUAAUGAAAUGAAUAAAUCAAUUGAGGGAAUAAAGUUAUCGCCAAAUCGAAUUAAAGACGUGAUGUCAUUAUGUCCUUCUGGUUUUGCGAACAUGCUUAAUCUUAGAUAUAUCCACAUCAAUUCAUACUUUACGGUGUUCUUCGACAAGCUACUUGCAGACAAUGUUGAUAGCGUAUCUCUUCCUAAUGAGUUACGGUAUCUUUAUUGGAUGUUUUACCCCUUCAAAUCCGUAUCACCAAGUUUUAAUCCAAAAAAUCUUAUUGUGUUGAAAUUACAUUUUGGCGGCAUGGAACAACUUUGGAACGAAGAUAGUCAGGAUCUUGUUAAUUUGAAGAUAAUUGAACUUAUUUGUUGCAAGAAGCUAAGGAAGAUCCCUAAUCUAUCGGGAGCCAUCAACCUUCAAAGCCUUAUAUGUACAAGGUGUAAAAAUUUGGUUGAACUUCCUCGCCUCAACCAUUUGGCAUCUCUUGAGAAGCUUGAUCUUUCUGGUUGCAUGACUUUAAGGAAGAUUCCUAGUCUAUCAGGAGCCAUCAACCUUAAAUUAUUUAACUGCAAUGAUUGCGUAAAUUUGGUUGAACUUCCUUGCCUUAAUCAUUUGGCGUCUCUUAAAAGCUUUGAAUUUGAGCGUUGUCAUAAACUCAAGAAGUUUCCUGAGCUUCCAAAUAUCUUUUCUGAGUUGGAUUUUUCACACACUGAAAUAGAAGUGGUGCCUGAUUCAAUUCAACAUCUUGUCGGACUUAAAAAGUUGAAGUUGAGUUACUCAAAGGUGGAACAUGUAUCGAGCAACAUUUCGAAGUUGGGAUCCCUUCGUGAGUUGGAUCUUGAUCAUUGUGAAAGUCUCAAGACACUUCCAAAGCUUCCACUAUAUCUGUGGCGCUUGGAUGCAAGUAAUUGCAGAUCAUUAACAAAAGUAUCGUUCACCACUCAUAAUUUCAAUUCCUCCCAUGACGGUGGUGAUGGUGCUCCUGGAGAAGAAACCAUUUCCAUGUCAUUCGUGAACUGCAGAUGGUUGGAUCAGAAUUCAAUUAAAAACAUUGGAGCAAAUGUCAUGCUUCGAAUUCAAUCCCUAGCACAGAGAUGGUCAAGGAGGAAAGGGAUAUCCCGAGAGGAAUACAGGGACUCUUUUCGAAAUCUAUUGUUCUGCUGUUUCCCGGGGAAUGAAGUUUCAACAGAUGUGUUUUUCUACGGAAGCAUGAAUAAUACGUUAAAUUUGAAGAUUAGGCCAAAUGGGUUUAGUGGGAACAGAUUCUUAGCUUUUGCUGUCUGUCUUGUAGCUGAUCUCACACCUGCAAACGUAUUUCUUGCAUUUAUCUGUAAAUACCAACUGAAAUCCGCCGGUGGUAAAAAGUUGACAGGUGAGUGCUACGUUUCUGAUCACGGAUGGGACAAGUUCUACGAGGGUGAUUUCGCCUUGAUUCUGUUUAAUGAGGAUAUGAUUGUAGCAGACAAUGAUUAUGAGGAGGCAUCGUUCGAAUUCUACAUCAGUAGUAGUCGCGGUACAGAAAUUAAAGUGGAGAAAUGUGGAGUUCGUGUGUUUUACGUGGAUGCAGAGAGUUAUACCAUUAAUGAUGUGGUGGGAAACCAGGAUUUGGAUUCUGAAGAAGGGGAUGGAGGGCAUAGAAAUCAUAGUGUUCCAUACUUGUUUUUUGUUUUUCUCAUCUUCAUGUCCCUGUUGCUUAUUAAAACCAAAGUCAUUUGCGGCUGA